CCCGGAAUUGGAUGUGUAUCAAAAUGGUAGAACAAAUUACAACGGCAGCCGAAUCGCCAUUCUUGAUGAUAUGGGUAGGUUCCGUUCCAGCGACAGGUUAAGGUUCAAUGUCAGUGAUUUGGGUUUCGGGAUAAAGAGAAGAAUGACCCUGGAUUAUGAUGGGAAUUUCAGAGUAUACAGCUUGAUCAAUUCGACCAGAUUAUGGGAAACAAAAUGGCAAGCUUUAGAUCCAUGUAGCGUUCAUGGAUUGUGUGGGAAAAAUGGAAUUUGCAUUUACUCCCCACAGGCUAAAUGUUGGAGUCCUCCUGGAUACGUGGUUAGUGAUCCAACUGAUUGGAACCAGGGCUGCAAACCCACAUUCAAUGUGAGCCUGUUUGUUACUCAGCCGGUGAAAUUUGUGGAGAUACCCGCAGAAGAGUACUAUGGUUUUGACCGCAAUUAUUCUGAAUCCAGUUCUUUUGAAGCUUGCAGGGAAAUUUGCCUAGAGAGUGCCAAAUGCUUAGCUUUCACCUACAAGAUUGAAGAUGGUGGAAAAUGCUAUGCGAAGAGUGCACUUUUCAAUGGCUAUAGACGUUCUGAUUUCAAUGGGACCUUGUACCUCAAAGUGCCUAAAAGUCUGUCAAUUCCCUCGGAAAUGAUGGUUGAUCGUGGCUCCAGGGCAAUAUGCAGCAGCUCCAAAGCAAUUGAAACAGUUGUGGGUUCUUUCACAUCUAUAUACGGUGAUAAAAAAAUGGUGUUCCGGCUUCGGUUGAGGCAGGAGGAACUGGUGGUGGCAGGCGGCGGCGCCACUAUGAUCACAUAUCUUGAGGCCCGCCCAACUUUGCGGCUUCCGCCGUCGCACUCAAUUCACCCGUUCGAAUCAACUGAAACUGUUGACGUGCCAAAGCUUCUAAAGAAGUCCAUUGAUGGGCUUCAUUGA